AUGAAAUUAAUAUUCUUUUUUGUAUCGGAUUCUGCUGUUAUAUUUAAAUUAUCCUCUACCAGUUCAAAUGAUGGUUACUGUAGUGGGAUAAUUACUGGAGAAACAAAUCCUCCACAUUUUAAAUGUUAUAAUAGAUUAGAAGAUAUGCAAAAAGUAUAUUUAAGAUAAAAGAUAAAGGAAAUCAAUAUAUCAGAAGAAUAUAAAAAAUCUCUUUAGAAAUUUUGGCUUAGUAGACAGGAAAAAGAAAUGACAGAGUAUUUUGGAAAGAAAAGGAAUGAUUGGAUUGAAAACAAUAAUUUGAUAAAAAACUUAGAUAAUAAAUGGAUGCAUAAUAAUCCCAAUAUGCACGAAAAUUAUCAAUCAAAUAUUUAUGAUGUAUGUUAAAAUUGGAGUGACGAUGAAUGGAUAGAAUGAUUUAAAACACAUGUAUUAGAUUAUAUAACAUCAGAAUGUAAAUUUUGGUUCAAUGAAAAUAUAUGCUCCUACCAUAAAGUGAUGGCACCCAAAUUGAUUAAGUGGAUUAAAAAGAAGAAGUAUGCAUGUGAUUUAUUACCCAAUAAAUUUUACUUAUCUCGUUAUUGGGAACACUGGGGAAAAGGCAGAUUAGUUGAUGAUCCAGAUCAUUAUAUAAAAGUUGCUGCGUAUCCACAAUGGGUAAAAAGAACAAAAAAGGAAAAUAAAAUGUGGAACCGUUUAAUUAAGCGUAAUUAGAAAAAAUAUAUAAAUAAUUCAACUGUGGUGACACAGUGGACUGCGCAAACAAUGAGGUUAUAUAAUAAUUGUAUAAAUUGGAUAUAAUUUAAACUGUGGAAUGUAUGGAUUAAGGAAAAGGGAAUGAAAUAG